UACUCGUCUCGUUUCUUGCUCAGUAAAUGCUCAGAUCUGAGUUUCAGAAACAACACUUGAGAAUAGUUGAAUCAGAAACACUUCAUAACUCAUCAGACCUUCAGUCUCUCAUCUGAUCUCGACCUUAGCUUCUUCAAGAAACACUUUAGAGAGGUUCAAGUUCAAUGGAUUUUGAUGCUGUAACCACUCUAAUCAAAAUAGUAGAUCAAGACCUUAUGGAGCCCAAACUACUUUCGUGUUUUGAUGCUUCACUGCUUGAAACAAUCAAGUUGUUGUCUGCCAAGCUCUACUUUGUGCAAGACUUUUUGGAGGAAUGUAAGACGAAAAUGAAUCACGGGGACACCUUCGCUAACGUGCUGUAUUUUGUAAUCCAAGAUAAAGUUGCUACAACAUAUGAAAAUUACAGAAGAGAAUUACUGAGAAUGGUAUAUUUUGAAGAUAACUGGGGAGAGUCUGCAUUUGUGGCGUCUGAACUUCAUUUGACCUUAAAACAAGUGGUAAGAGAUAUUGAAGGAGCUGGAGAAUGGAUCCCGUUGUUAAAAAAAAUAGCUACUUUAGUGCCUAAGAAAGAGAAUAUCACAGAUUGCGAUACCUACCAAAAUGCUUUAGAGGCUGAGAAUGAAAUGAUUGUAGGAUUCGACAGUGAUAUAGAGACAAUAAUAAAUCGGCUCACUUUUUUAUACUCGAAGAGAUACAUUGAAACCAUUUUGAGGAGAAGUGACAUUGACAAGUUACGGGGAUGUGUUGAAAAUCCAUUGGUGAAACUAGAAGUUAUCCCACUGGUUGGGGAAGGAGGCAUUGGAAAAACUACAUUAGCCAGAAGAGUAUAUGGACAUCCAAUUACUAUUGAUAGCUUUCACAUUCGAGCAUGGGUAGUUGUGUCUCAGGUUCAUAAUCUCAAAGAGAUACUCAUUGGUCUAUUACGUUGUAUUUCACCAAUAACUAGUGAAAUCUACAACAUAGAUGAAGCUCAUAUAGCAGAGCAAUUACGCAGAAGUUUGAUGGGCCAGAAGUAUUUAAUUUUCUUAGAUGACAUAUGGACCACUGCUGCAUGGGAUGCCAUCCAUGAUUGUUUUCCAGAGAAUUCUAAUGGAAGCCGAAUCUUAGUAACUACUCGGUUUGCAGAGGUGGCUGAAUACUUAAGUGCAGAUCCCUACCAUAUGACGUAUCGAACUUUAAAGGAUCGUUGGGAGUUAUUUUCGAUGAAAGUGUUUGGGAAAAGUCAAUGCAUUCCCAGGGAAUAUGAGUUAAUUGGGAAACGCAUUGUUCUUGGUUGCAGUGGAUUACCACUAGCAGUUGUUGUGAUUGCUGGACUUUUGGCAACAGUAAAAGAGUCUCUAGAAAUAUGGAGAGAUGUUGAGGAAACUUUGGAUGGAGUUGAUAAUAACAACAGAAUUUCAACAAUACUUUCAUUGAGCUACAACUACUUACCUAGUCACUUGAAAGCUUGCUUUCAUUAUUUUGGUGUGUUUCCUGAAGACAAUGUCAUUCCUGUUAAGAAAUUAAUCAACUUAUGGGUUGCAGAGGGAUUUUUAAUACAAGAUAAAAAUAUGAGUUUGGAAGAAGUGGCAGAGAGUUACUUGGAUGAUUUCAUCAAUAGAAGUCUAGUUCAAAUUAAUGAGUUGAGUAUUGACAGCAAAGUUAAAUCAUGUAAGGUUCAUGAUCGAGUGCAUGAGGUUUGUGUGAGAGAAGCAAUAAAGGGGAAUACUUUGUGCAUUAUCAAUGACAAUCAUGCUCCAAAAGCUAGUCGUUGGUUAAGCUGUCAAACAAGUUAUUGGCCAAUCACACGAGCGAGUUAUGGGAAUUGCACUCCUGGUAAAAUCCAUUCCAUUCUCUGCUUUAGUAAAGAUGUAUACCAUUCAAAAAGCAGGUUGGUAUACCCAUGUUUGAAAUCCCUAAGAGUAUUGGAUUUAUCAUUAGUUAAAUGGUCACAAGGCAUGCCUCAUGAAAUAACAGACUUGGUUCAUUUGAGAUACUUGGCUUUAUGUACCAUUGGUUCUCUUUACGAGUUUCAAUUUUUCAAGCUUAAGAAAUUGGUAACUCUCAUAGUUACUUCAUGGAUGGAAAAAUGUCCUUUGCAACUGCCAUGUGAUAUUUUGGAUUUGCCACAGUUGAGGCAUUUGCAUGUUGAUAAGAGAUGUUCACAGUAUCUCCCUUGCUUGGUCAAAAAAGAUCUUCAAACUCUUUAUUGGUUGAAAGUUGCUAGCUCUAAUGAAAAACCAAACUUCGAAAUGGUUCCAAAUCUAAGGGAACUUGGGAUAUUCAUUGAAGGCCAACUGGCGCCUAGCUAUCUAGGGAGCCUUGUGUAUUUACAUAUACUUGAGAAGUUGAAAUUUGAAGUAGGAAGAGUUGAGCGCUUUUAUCUACCAAUAGGUUUUCCACCAAACCUUAAGAAGUUGACACUUCGGUAUACUUAUCUUCCGUGGAAGGAGAUGGACACAAUUGGCAAGUUGCCGCACCUUGAGAUCUCAAACACUGGAAAGCAAGUUCUAUUAAUUUCCCAGUUUUGGAGUGCCUAG